UAUUGCAUAGGGUCAUCAUUUCAAGAUGAUUUCAAGAGUGUUUUGACGUUUACUGAUUUCCAAAGUAUAAAUGGGAUUUUAGAUUAAAAAAUGUGAGCGGUGCGAAAAGUGAUAUCGUACAAAGUAUCAAAAUAAAGUGAGAAUGUGAAGUGUCUGACAGAAAUACAAAAUUCUAGAGUAUGCUGAGAAUAGAUCAGGCCUCAGAAUGGCGAGACGUUCUUUAAAUGUUUUAUUGACCGAAGAAGCCAUUUCUGAGAAGAAUGAAAAAGCCAUUAAUUUGAUAGAUGAAAAUCUAUUCAAAUUACAAUGCAUAAUUAAAGCAAGUGAUAUUCGUUUAUGUGCUCGACAUGAGUCUAGUGGAAAGGAAUUGCUGGCUUUUACUAUUGGAACGCUAGAUCUUGGUCUUUACUAUCUCGCUGAUACUUCUCAGCCACCUGUAAUAAAAAAUGUGCCAUGGUUUCAAGGAUCCUGUAAAGCAAUAACAGCCCUUUGUUUUGAUCCUUCUGGAUACGGACUCUUGAUAGCGUGCGUGGAUGGAUCUUUACAUAUUAUACCUGCAGGAGGCCUAGUCGAUACUAAAAGAAAAACACCCCAAAAAUGGAAAAACGUCGAUGACAUUGUAUCAUUUCCAUCUUUAAAUUCACAGUCAUUCUGCUCUCGACCCAGCUCAUUGAUAUGGUGGCAGUGCAUGGCAGUUUCUAGUCAAGUUGCAAUUGUUGGAACUGAGCAAGGGGAAAUAUUAUUCAUUGAUUUAGACACUGGACAACAGGUCGGUUUUACACGAAUUGAUGGACAUGUAUCUAGUUUUCAAAUUUGCCAAGACUCUGAACUGGAUACAGUUAAUCUCAUCAUAACCAGCCAAUUGAAAAAGCAGUGGCACUUGGUUUUGGAACAACCUGCGAAAGGUUACGUUUUUAUGCACAAUAAUGGUACGGCCUCUAGUGAAUCCUACUCACAGGGAUCCAGUGGUCAUUCAGAAAAUAAUGAAAAGACUUUUGCUUCUACUAUAAAACGAUGGCAAAGCCGAUCUCGACUGAAAGGACUGAAGCAGCUUUCUUUUGAUAACUUCAGUAUUCUUAGAAAAAAGCCAUCUAAAAAUAAAACUAGCAGUUUCGAUGAAUCUCACGUAUCAGGAUCAAUUGAUUCAAGUAAUUAUUCACUAUGUAUUGGCUCUGACAAUUUGAUGAAUCCAGCGCCAACAAACAGUCCUGCGUUUCUUGUUGUGCAAUACGCAGAUCAUGGACGCCGGCUCUACACACGAUAUUUUUCGCCGAAAAACAUUUUAACAGUUCACGAAAACAGUACAUCACUACUACCUCUGUGCGUACAUAAAUUACCAGAUUAUAGCAAGGAUGUCCUAUUGACACAUCACUUAUUUUAUGUAAUCGACGUUCACCGUCAAACAUUAAGCAUUAUUUCUCGCGCUCUCUCUCAAGAUAAGCAAAACGGAAAUUCACAAUUUAAUCGAGAGUCUGUCGUCGCUCGAUUUUCUUUUGGAAAAAGGAAUGAAGUUAUCAAUGGAUUGUUUAUAGCAAAUGCUAGUAAAGAGCUUAUAGAGAACGCUUUUCACAAUAACGAAGAUACUUACACGAUUCCAAAGUUUAUUAAAGAUCUGAAAAUUAAACUGGUCCAUCAAAGUCCAUGCAUCAUUGUCACAAAUUGUGGAAUCUACAGAGUCACUUUGAGGAGUAGUUUGUUAUCACUUUUUAUGGAUUUGAUAAUAAGUCGAACAGAGCUGGAUAAAGCGAAAAGGUUAGCUAAGAUAUUUGGAUUAAACGUACGACAAUUAUUAGAAUAUGCAGGAGAUAUUCUUUUGGCAAACGAUAGAUUUUAUCAAGCGGCUACAUUGUAUAAAGAAGCUAGGUGUCGGCCGUCAAAGAUUUUUGCAAAACUCGCAUCGGUUGGAUGCACAUCUGAACUAUUAAAUUGUCUCGUGCAUUGCCUCGAACAUCCUGCUCCACUUAAAUUGUCAAUUGUAGAAAAAAUGUCCCUGUCUAAUUUGAGUAUUAUCGCUUUUACGGAAUUGUCAGUCAGGGCUACAACGCAGAAAGAGCAACAAAUUUAUAAGGAAUUUAUGAAUUUCUUGUCUACUAAUAUGUUUUAUGAUGAACAAGUGGCUGUCAAUAUCAUAGGACAAGCCCAUCUAUGGAAUAUUCUACAUCACUUAGUAAUUAAAAGAGGUCUAUUUACUCAGGCAUUAGAUAUACUUAUGAAGACAUUACCCCUAUUUUUUAGCUUCAAAAACUCUCAUCUUCAUGCCAAUCAUGAUUUGUUGAUGACCAUAAGUGAACCGAAUUUGAUUCGAGGAAUGAUAGCAAAUCCCAGUAUUGCCAAAAGUCAUAUGUCGUUUGUUCUUGCAAACCUUUCGUCUCUACAAACUUUUGUGUUACAGAGGUUAAUAACACUUUAUGACCCCACAAAUCCUCUUCUAAGGCCUUUAGUACGUCAGUGCAAAGGUCGUAACAGAACUAAUUCUCGAAAUUCUUUAUCGAGUUCAAUAGAAUCGACUGAAAUGCAGGAGGAAAUAGCAACUCUAAUGGAAAAAAUAGUAGAAAUGUUUUUACUGAUUUUACUAGUAUUCAUUCAAAAGUCAACGCCAACACUGGGCCAUAAAUCAGAGUUGAUGAAAUAUGUUUCUUUAUCUGGAAUGAAAAAGGAACCUGCAUUCAAUAUACAGUAUAAACGAAGAUUUAUAAGCGCUGGGUUUUCGCAUGUUGCUCUUCUCAGAAAUAAAGUAAUAUAUACUUGGGGAAGUACCAUCAUCGGAUCUCUAGGAUCAGGAUCAGUAAGUUCCGUGUGCGAUACUCCACAAGAAAUAAAUAUUUUUCGUCGCAUGAAUAUUGAAGUGAUUAGUGUAUCGAGUGGACAUUGUCACACCUUAGCCCUUACAAAUAAUGGAGUUUAUGCUUGGGGAGGAAGUAAAUUUGGCCAGGUGGGUCUUGGAAUACUGACACAGUGUUCCAGUCCCCAAUUAAUCACUUCAUUGGCCGACGAGAUUGUCAUUGAUUGUGCAGCUGGUCAAUAUCAUUCUGUGGCUCUAACAUCGGAUGGUAGAGUUUUCACUUGGGGUUGGGGAGUUCACGGCCAAUUGGGCCAUGGUAAUACCGAAAAUGUGAAUCUGCCUACUUUGGUAACAUCUUUGCUUGGUACCGCCAUAAAUCAUAUCAGCGCAGGACACGCGCACACGAUGGUACUCUCGGCAGAUGGAGUCGUUUACGUUUUUGGUUGCAAUAAUGUUGGCCAAUUAGGAAUGACUAAUUCUAGAAAAUGUUUGAUUCCUCAAAAAGUUCCUUUGUUGCCAGAGAAAAUAUCUCUGAUUGCAACUAAAUAUUUUCAUAAUCUUGCUGUCACUAGUACAAAUAAGCUCUAUAUCUGGGGUAUAAGCCCUCGAGAACUGCAAUUACAAAAGUUAAAAGUACCUGAUUCCGAAAGUGGGGAUGAAAAUGAAAAGCCGAAUUUGUCAUCGUGCUCUUCUGCAGAAGAUUGCGUCGAAUCGGAAAAUAUCUCUACGAUUAUAGAACAGGAUGAUUCUCUAAACAAUCGUAUAAAUUCAACAAAUAAUCACACUUUCGAGGAGUCUGUCGAUAAUGAAGAUUUUCAAAAGCACAAUGAUAUUCAAAAAUCAAGCUCAAACCUAUCCUCCUGCCCAUCUACCUUGAACGGGAAAAUGUCUCGAACUUAUUGGAAGCCAUCUGUAGUUGACACGAGCUUACUUAAAGGACAAGUCAAACAGUUAUCAACUGGAUGGAAUCACUCGGCAUUGUUGACCAAAGAUGGUACAGUUUAUAUUUGGGGGAGAAAUUCGUGUGGACAAUUAGGGAAUAAUGAUCGAGGCGAAAUUGUUCGUCCCACUCCUCUAAUUUAUAAUCCCGUAUUAUCAUUGUCGCACCUUCCGUCGAAAAAUGUCCGCUCUAGGUCGUUCGAGAAGGAGAACGGUUUAAAUAUGAAUAGUAAAACUAGGAAUUAUAGAUUGAAUAAUGUCGAAGAGCGUGACAAGAUUGAUGACUGUGAUAACGAUAAUAAGGGAGUGGAAAGUGGUGAGAAUGAGGACGAUGAUGAUAAUAAUAAUAAUGACGAGGACGAUGAUAGCGUAACCGAUGCUGAUGAUGAGGAGAGUAACGAUAAUUACAACUAUGACAACGAUUUGAAUGAAAAAGACAUUGAUGAUUUCGAAAACUGUGUCAACUCGAACAAUUUGGAAAUGAAGGCGAUUCAAGUAUCUUGCGGAAGUAAUUACACUGUUGCAGUGCAGCCAGGAGGUGCUGUUUUAGCUUGGGGUAGAAUUGGUAUUUCUCAAUCCAAGUCGCCAGGUUUCUUGCGAAUGAGGAAACGAACUGAUAAAAGGAACUGUGAUACUGAAGAUAAUUCAAUUACACUCAAAUGUUUAUUGAAUACGAUUGGGCUGCAAAAAAAUCGAGUUGUUGCGUGUAUAAGUAAUCCUAGUCAAGUACCCAACAUUCCAGCACCUGUCAUUUCUUAUCAAAGUUAUGACACUGUUCCACUUGUUGGAUUUAAACGAAUGCAUCCGGCCGAAAAGAUUCCGGGAGAGCGAACUCUUCACGAUGCUCUGGAACAAUUCAGUGGAUUCUAUGAUGUAAAUAAAAUUCUAAAAAAGUGUAUUGCCGUUGGAAAUAAUCAAGCUUGUGCAAAAUUAGCUUUAUUGGAACACAAUUUUUCUGACUCUCUGAUGUAUCAGUUGAAGUCGGUAAUGAAUAUAGAGUCUGGACAAGAACUUAACGAUAAGAAUGAAAAAGAGGAAAUAAAUUGUACUGACGUCACGAUAGAAAAAAGUAGUAACGGGUAUUUGAAAAAAUCAAGAAAAGCUGAUAAGAAGAAAGACAAUAUCAAGAUAUUCAAUGCAGACGAGAAGAAAAGUGUUCUAGGCUAUUUAGAACAAGACGUAAUUGAAGAAAAGCCGCAGAUUAACAAAUCUUCAACAUUUGAUCAUUUAAAUGACGAUUCGCAAUUAUUCAUUGAACAAGCGGAGGAAGAUCUUGUCAAUACUUUUGAAGAAAGUGUUACUAAAAGAAAACUAAAAAUGUCGGCCAGUAAAUCUAUGGACACUUUUUCAUUAACAGAGCAUGAAUUAUAUACAUUCGAUUGUCAAGGAGGCUCAGAAGAAAUGUACGAACAGACCGAUAAUGACAAUGUCUCAGACCAGUUGACAAUGACUAAUAGCACAUUUGAUGAUGAAUUUAAUAGUGAUUCUGAAUCUGAAUCGAGAAAAAAUGAUGGUCUUCAGACUAGUCCGUGUGUCGAUAAGAUAAAGAAAGCAAUGAAUAUAGUUGAAUUUUAUAUUAAUGAAAUUGAAAAUCUAAAUCACAAAGUCGUCUCCGAGGUGUUACUAAAUGCUAUUAAUAUUUGGGUGGAUCAUCAUCUGCCUCUUCGGUUUCUUGAGAAAGUCUUCCUGAAAAACUUGCACAAAGUGUUUUAUCCAUUAGGAUUGUUACUUUUUUGCCAAAACUCCGCAUGUAAAGAUACAAUUAAAGAAGAUGACCAAAUAAGAGUGACCAGGGGUAUUGAUUUAUUAUCGACAAAGCUAACAUUAAAAGUAUGCUCGAUGCUUUUAGAGCAUAUACAGCAAGGUCAAUCAACUCCGGAAUAUGUAGAAGCGCUAUCUCAAUCAGUGGCCAAAUCCUAUGGACCACCAUUAACGGGUUAUCCUGGUUCAAAUGAAAACCAGACAAUCGAACAAAUGUUGGAAGGAAUGAAGUCUACUUUAUCUUCCAAACAAAGUGAUCCAAGGCCAUUUAUUCAUAUUAAGGAUCCGGAAAGUGUUUCCCGUUUUCUUGAAAUGGGAAAAGAUACUACAGUUUUCACUUGUGGCCAUUAUUUCCCCGUUUCCUCCUACCAGACGGAAUUAGUACCGCAAAUGGAAACAGAAUUGUUGGUGUCUCAACCAUUACCUCUUCCAUGUACCGCUCAAGUUUUGGGAAAAGUACUUCAUCAAGCAGAAGAAUUGGAUACAAUGUGUCCUCUCUGCAUGCCACGUGCUCUUCAAACGGUCGUAAGCAACUUAAUAAGCGAGUAAUAAUAAUUUAAACCCUUUUUUUUAUUAUAUCUCGACAUUUUGAAUCCCCUAAUCUUCCAACAUUUGUUAUUACAUGACAUUAAUUUUUACAAAGUAUUAGUACAAAUAUCGCAAAUGAUUUAUUAUAUAAACUGAAAGUUGUUUUUCAUUGAAUUUUCAUAGGAUGUGUAUGUGUAAAAUGUAAAUUGUGAUAAUGUAA